AUGUCUUCUCAAAACAGUAACCCCGGAAACUUUGCUAACCGCCCCAAAGAAGAAGUAAGAAACAUUGCCUCCAAAGGUGGUCAAUCCGGUCAUGCCAACAAGGGCUUUGCUAGUAUGGAUCCCGAUAAGCAGCGUGAAAUCGCCUCCAAAGGUGGACAAUCUAGUCACUCUGGUGGAUUCGCCAGCAUGGAUCCCGACAAACAACGUGAAAUCGCCUCCAAGGGUGGACACUCCAGUCACUCUGGUGGUUUUGCUAGCAUGGAUCCUGAAAAGCAACGUGAAAUUGCUUCCAAAGGUGGUAAGGCCUCUGGUGGCAGCUUUACUCAAGGUAGUGAACGCGCAAAAGAAGCUGGUCGCAAAGGAGGCAAGGCUUCUGGUCAUAGCCACGAACAAGAAACUGAUUAA